CCUUCCCUCCUUAGCUUAUCCCCGCCCGUCUCCAUCCCCGUCCUCUGGGAGAGACCAGCCCAUCACCGCCGCGGACCGAGAAAUGGAGCAUGACAACCCGCGGGAGUCCCCAUCAAAGGAGGGCUCUUCCUUGCCUGGAGAGUGGCCUUCCUCCGACCUCGAACAGGCCUUGUCUCAGAUUUUGCACCGUCUUUCCGGCCAAGAGUCCCGACGGGGCAAGGCGAAAAAUGCAGCUCUUCAGGACCUCAGUGCUCUGAUAGAUGCCACAGAGGGUGAUAAACUAUUUGAGGGGACUGGGACAUCACUCCGCGGAAUGCCCGAGAUGCUGGGGCAGGUGGCAAAAGCCCUGGAGAAGUAUGCAGCCCCGCCCAAGGAGCAGGGAGAUAGAAGUGAUGGUCACUCUGAAGUGGCCGAGAAGGCGGCAGCAGUUGGGUUACUGUUUCUUAAGCUAUUGAGGAAAGUUGAAGCUGCCAAGAAUUCCUUGGUUUGCCCUGCGUGGAAGACAAGCCUACGUCACUUGUCAGGACCCAUCUAUAUUUUUGCCGUCACGCACAGUUUGGAGCAAGCGUGGACCAGCCCAAGAUCUCAGGACGUUGCUGGAGAGGUGCUCGCCUUACUGCUUCACGUUACUGAGUGUGGUUCUGUGGCGGGAUUCCUCCGCGGAGAUAAUGAAGAUGAGAAGGGGAGAUUCUCUGUGAUAUUGGGGCUUCUCAAGCCCGAUUUGAAUAAGGAAUCCUGGAAAAAUAACCCUGCCACCAAACAUGUUUUCUCGUGGACUCUGCAGCAGGUCACUCGACCCUGGCUGAACCAGCAUCUGGAGAGGAUACUUCCCCCAUCAUUGCUCAUGUCCGAUGACUACCGAACUGAGAACAAAGUCCUGGGUGUACGCUGCCUCCAUCACAUUGUGCUUAACGUGCCGGCUGCUGAUUUGCUUCAGUAUAACAGGGCCCAGGUCCUAUACCAUGCCCUUUUCAACCACCUGUACACACCGGAGCACCACCUCAUCCAGGCCGUGCUGCUAUGUCUGUUGGAUUUAUUCCCCGUCCUGGAGAAAGCCCUGCACUGGAAGGGAGAUGCAGCCCGACCCACCACACACUGCGAUGAGGUCCUGCAGCUGAUCCUGACCCACAUGGAGCCAGAGCACCGCCUUCUCUUACGCAGGACCUAUGCGAGGAACCUGCCAGCCUUCGUGAAGAGGUUGGGGAUCCUAACUGUCCGGCACUUGAAGAGGCUGGAGCGAGUCAUCAUUGGUUAUCUGGAGGUUUAUGACGGACCAGAGGAGGAGGCUAGAUUGAAGAUAUUGGAAACCCUAAAACUUCUCAUGCAGUAUACAUGGCCCAGAGUUUCCUGUAGACUUGUGGUCUUACUGAAGGCUCUCUUGAAACUGAUAUGUGAUGUAGCAAGGGAUCGAAGCCUCACACCUGAGCCUGUUAAGAGUGCCUUGUUAGAGGAGGCCACGGACUGCCUGAUUCUCCUGGACCACUGCUCUCAAGGACAGGUGAAGGGUCUCCUGGCCAGAAUCCUCCACAGCUGUGAAGACAGUAAGCUGGUGAACUGUAUCAGAAAAGUGCAGCAGGUUUCUGAAGGCGCUCCCUGCGAUGGAACUUAAGAUUUGUGCUGUUUUCCUAAAGAAGAAAUGAUUUUCUUUCUAGUCCAACUGUAUAAAUGGAAUUAUUUAAGGAAAAAAGGUAUUUUUACAUUGAACACUAUAACUUAGA